AUGUCUUCAUACAUAACUCCUGACCGGUCACCAGCACCGUACAUCGAUCCAGCGCCGGAAACGACCCAGCCGCCUGUUCCUGAAGUCGGUGCCACUUCUGCCCCAUUGAAAUCAGCGGCUUUCUUCAUCGGCGCACACUGCAAGGAUUACAAUGAUGACUUCAUGCUAUGUAAAGCAGAAAAUCGUGAUCCUGCACAUUGCUUGAAGGAGGGGAGGAGGGUAACGCGUUGUGCUAUCGACUUACUUGAAAAGCUCCAACAAAACUGCGCGAACGAGUGGAAAGCGCACUGGGAAUGUUUAGACAAUCGCAACUAUGAAUACUAUCGGUGUCGGCCACAAGAGCGCACGCUGAACAGUUGCGUGUUCAACAAACUAGGCUUGAAGAAGGCGAUUCCUGGAACACCUGAAGGUCAGACUCCGAUACAUGAAGUCAGGAAUCCCAUCUUCAAGAAUGUACAAAAAUAGUUGCUUUAAUUUUAUUUAGACGACUUUUCUCGUGCUACAGGACCACCCUGCUUCCUACCCUUUAAUGAUCCGCUUGAUAACAGCUAUCUGUGACUGGAUCAUUGCUAACAGUUUAAAAGUACAUAACAGGUAAUGAUACAGGAUUCAUAACGGCAGGCAUUUCAGAAGCAUGAAGCAUGGUAGUCGUACAACCACAUCCUGUGGU